GUUUAUAUGCUGUAGUUUACUAACAAACUAAUGUUAUCAGUGGUAAGGUGCAUGUAUAGAGAAUUCCCUUAAAUUAUGAGAGCCUCGACAGUCUACGAGGUGCAAAUUAUGAAGUUGACACGAAUAAAGAUAUUAAUAAAGAAGUCCAACAGUUAGUUGCCGUUCUAUUCAUGUAUCCUAAUUAAUAAAAUUAAAACUUUAAGAAUAAGCUUAGUGGAACAAAAAGUUCAGUAUGGACGUAAUUAAAGUGGAGCACGAAUCUAAUAUUGAUACUCAGCCCAUGCCUUCAGCAAGUGAGGGUCAAGCUGCUGCUGUCAAAGUGGAGGAUCCACUGGAACCAUUUACAUUUGUUGCAGUGAAACAAGAAGUGGAAGAGUCAUGGGAUGAUGAUGAAGCCAAGGAUGAUCUUAAAAGUGAAACUACAAUGGACGAACCAGAUAUUGGUCCUGAAAGUACGGAUCGUGUAGUUAUGUUACAGGAAGAUGAUGCUGCUGGAGGCAGCUCCACUCAGUUGGUUGCAACAAACUUCAGUGUCCCUAAGAACACGGGUUUCCUAAGCAACAUCUUAAUAUCUGAAUAUAGGAGAAAUAUGAAGACUGGAGUAAAACUCUAUAAGUAUUUAAUAUCAGAUAAAGGAGAGAAACGUUACUUUUGUGAACUGUGUGGCAGAACUUACUUACGUAUUGGCGACCUUAUAAAGCAUGGCCGCACCCAUUCAGGACUGAGACCAUAUACCUGUGAUAUAUGUAACAAAAGUUUCUCAAAGAAAGACGUUCUCCGAGAACAUUAUCGUACCCACUCUGGAGUGAAACCAUACAAAUGCGACCUAUGUGAUAAAUGUUUUACCAAAAGUGGAAAUCUUGCCAUACAUCGACUGAUCCACACAGGAGAGAAGACAUAUACUUGUGAUGUAUGUAAUAAAAAAUUCUUGUUGAAAGGUGUCCUGAAAUUACAUUAUCGUAUCCAUACUGGUGAGAAACCAUACAGAUGUGACAUAUGUAAUAAAGCGUUUUCUAGAAGUGGACAUCUUGCAUCUCAUCAACAGACUCAUAAUAAGGAAAAGCAGUACAUCUGUAAAGUGUGUAACAAAGAGUUUUCACAGAAGCACAACCUACAGAGACAUUCUCGCACUCAUAUAGCAAAUGAAUCACAAAGCUCUGUCACAGUUAAUGAAUAAUUGAAAGCAUUUUAUUUUGUUUUGGCAGUUGUGAUGUAUUCAGUAAAUAUUCUUGAUUUACUUCUGAUCGUUAUAUGUAGCAAACAUGGUUCUGAGAUGUAUUGAUAAAUAUAUUCUCCAAAAUGCAGGUUGUACAUAAUAUUAUUUCAUUUGAAAAAUGCUUCUGUUUUAAGUUGGGUAAUGAGCAGAUAUGAGGUGUGCUGUCUGUGAAUAUGGAUUACAAUGAGAAUUCUGUGGAUGUGGAAAUGGCCAUAGGGACUCUGAUGUGAAUGUCAUGGCAUGCUGAUAGUUGUGAACAUUUUCUUCUUGUGACUGAUCCAACUAGUUACUGUUUUCUUAUAUAUAAUAUGGAAAUUGUGUUGUGUAUUAUUGUGUUAAUGUAUGAACAAAAAUGGCAGUUAGAAGCAUUUCAUGAAACUGAUGGAAUGGAAGAAUUUUAAGGAGUGUGGUUGCAGUGAGUGAUGAUAUGCAAAUGGAGAGUAAACAGUGUAUGAAAAUGGGAAAACUCUGAACACGGUAAGGGAGAGAGAUAGUUACAGUAACUUACAAUGUAGAACUUUAUCUGCUGUUUUGGAUUUCAGAUUUUUACAGCAUAUGGUCUCCUGGUUUGUAAUGCCAUGUGUUGCAACCUAGCAGACUUAUAUUCCUUAUCUGCUGUUCCGUGAACUGUCACAUUUUAUUUUCUAAGUUCUUGUAUAUGGAUUUGAGGGAGGGUGAAGUCCAUAAAUAUUUUUUUCUGUAUAUGCCAAGUUUGUUUAUCCCACAGAAUACUUCAUAAUGAAGUGAGGAAGUUAAUCAUUAUGCAUACAUUGCUUUAUUAAUUUACAUUUCAAAUAUAUAUCCCAUAUUAACUGCUGUAAUCUCUUUUGAAUGACACUGGCAAACUGAUUUAAUCUUGGCAGUAAUGGGAUUUAUACUGUCAAGAACUGUGACACUAGGCCUGGUACAUAUGUGUUAACAUGAUUUUCCAGUCAUCAAGUAGAAUUUAUAAUAUGCUGGCUGACUGACAGAAAAUAACACAUGUAUACAGCAGAUUUUUCCCCUGUUGAUGGUCACAGGGACAUAUGGGUGACAGAUCUCAAGACAGAACAUCUGGUUCACUGGUGCUGUAUAUUGUACAAGGUCUUACUGGUAAUGCCCAGAGCAUGAAGAGACACUGAAUUUGAUGUAUAGCAUGUUUUCAUGUAUGUCUUACAUUUUACUGUAUUGUAAUUUGUAGCAAGAUUUUUAGAUAAUGAUAUUUAGUUAUGCAUUUUGUAAGCUCAUAAUUAUAGAUGAAAUAUAAGAGGAAGUUUGAAAUGCUUCUUCUUUACAUGAUGGAAGAAAUAAAUAUAUGUAUAAUCAUAACAGUAAGGCAAAAUAAAGUUACUGUAGCUUAUAUUUAGAGCAUGUUAAAUGAGAGACACACAGUAAAGGUAGUUUCAAUUAUAGAUUUUUUGUGUUGUCAAGAGAAUAAACAUUUGUGUACACUUCGAAUUAAUAAGGAUAAAAAAAAGGUAAUUUAAGGUGAAGAAACUGGAUAAUAUGUAGAAGAAAAUGUUUACAGUAUGCCAUUUGAAAAAAUCAAUACUGAAGGACAUUUUUUGGACCAUGUAUUCUGUGUAUAAUUCAGAAAAGUCUGCACUAUUCAAAGUGUAAGCUUACAUCCCUCCGUUUCUUUCCAAGCAUUCCUUCAUUAAUGAUAUUCAAUCUAAUUGUAACUGAAUUCAAAUAUUAAAUAAACAUAUACAAAACUUAAAA